GAACAGACCCCGGCGUAAUCUGAAGGCCACGGCGCAGACGAUAUUUUUGUACCAGGUCAGCCACAGUUCAGGGGGAACAACCGCGGUGAGCAGCACUCAGAGUAGCGCGCACAAGAUCCCUAGUUAGCUACUGUACACAAUAAGAAUGGCUGAAGCUCUGAUAGGAAAAUGGAGAUACGAAUCCAUGGAGAACUUGGAUACUUACAUGGAUGCUAUUGGUGUACCAGAACAGGUGAAGGAAAUGGCCAGAGAACACAACCCGGAAGUAGAGAUAUCAAAGUCUGGCAGCGAUUGGACCAUCACGACUACCGUGGGAGAGAAGGUAAUUGUAACGAAAUAUCCAGAGAACGAAGAAAUUGAGGCAAUGCACAUGAUGGGGAAAACCCAUGAAGGUAUGUUAAUUCACUGUAAAUAA